CGAACUUUAGCGGGGGGGAACGGGGAGGCCGUGCCAGAGCUUUGUCUGAUGGAUGGUGUGUUUACAGUCUGGCUCAUUCCCCCUUAAUGUGAGCUUAAUGUCAGUCCACUUCCUUCUCAUCGCGGAGACCAGGAGCGUAUAGCGAGCACGCCUGCAUACACACAUACACGCGCGCGCGCGCACACACGCACGCAUCCUCACACACACACACACAUACGCGCGCACUAAACUAAACUUCUCUCAUCUCACCUUCCAACACACGGGAUGGCGAGGCGACCGAGACACAGUGUUUACAGCAGCGACGAGGACGAUGACGACGUGGAGAUUUAUGAUCACGACUACGAUGCGCCGUUAGCCAAAACAGGAAAACGGCACCUCGGCAAAACACGCUGGACACGUGAAGAGGAUGAGAAGUUGAAAAGAUUGGUGGAACAUCAUGGCUCAGAAGACUGGAAAGUCAUCGCCAGCUUUUUGCCUAACCGCACGGACGUCCAGUGUCAGCACCGCUGGCAGAAAGUCCUCAACCCCGAGCUCAUUAAAGGACCCUGGACCAAAGAAGAAGACCAGCGGGUGAUCGAGCUGGUGCAGAAGUACGGUCCGAAACGCUGGUCGGUCAUAGCGAAGCACUUAAAGGGGCGUAUCGGCAAGCAGUGUCGCGAACGCUGGCAUAAUCACUUAAACCCGGAGGUAAAGAAGACGUCCUGGACGGAGGAGGAAGAUCGUAUCAUCUACCAGGCGCACGAGAAACUCGGCAACCGCUGGGCCGAGAUCGCCAAACUGCUGCCGGGCAGAACGGAUAACGCCAUAAAGAACCACUGGAACUCUACGAUGCGGCGUAAAGUGGAACAGGAAGGCUAUCUGCAGCACACGGCUAAAGUCAGCUCAUCGCCGAUUACCAGCGGAUACACGAAACCGUCCCACCUGCUCAACUACAGCCAGACUCCGACUAGCAGCUCCAUGCCAACCAGCCCCAUCACUAACCAGUACCCGGCCCAGUACUACAUCCCUGACCCACAACGGGUGCCGUUUCCAUUGGCUCUGCAGCUGAACAUUUUUAACAUCCCUCAGCACGGCACUGCAGCUAUACAGAAACACUAUAAUGAAGAAGAUCCCGAGAAAGAGAAGAGAGUGAAGGAGAUUGAGAUGCUUCUGAUGUCGACAGAGAAUGAGCUGAAAGGACAACAAGCACUACCCAUCUCCAUGGCCAGUUACACAUGGGGUCGGGGCUCUUUGACUGACACCUCAGUAGGCGUGGCUGUCUCCGUCCCAGCCCCACCCUUGGAGCAAGGCUGCCUUCCAGAGGAGAGCGCUCACGGCAACACGAACAGUCCGAACGGUAGCGGCGGCGGCGGCACAAACGGCGGCGGCAGUGCAGCAGGCAACAGCGGCGUCCUGGCAGCCUUACCAGAGUUCAUGGAUGCCAUCGAUUCUUUCUUAAACGCUUCCGUGAGUCCAGACCCGGACGGUCAGAGUCUACCCGUCUCGCCCUCAGCUGUGUGCUCCCAGAAGCCGCUGCAGCCCGACCUCGCUCUCCACCACCAGAAGGAGAACGAUAUGUUCAGGACUCCGACUCUAAGGCGCUCGAUCAUGGAGUGUUCUCCUCGCACUCCUACUCCAUUCAAAACAGCACUGACCUUGCAGGACACCAAAUAUGGCCCGCUGAAGAGGGCUCACAGCCCUCCUGUAGAUGCAGUAGUUGGAGGAAUUAAACAGGAGCCUCAGGAAUGUGAAGUGAGCGUCGGAGGAGCGCAUCACGACCAGCCUCCGCUCAAGAAGAUUAAACAAGAGGUCGAGCCAACGUGUCUGCAGUGGGAGGGACAGAAUCUUCAUGCCCAGCUUUUUCCUUCAAGUGGCCCCGCCCACAAUAUGCCGGAUCUGUUGACGAGCUCGCUGCUGAUGCUGCCCGGAUCGGAGAAGAGCGAGGACGGACAUAAAGCCGCUCAGAUGCCCCGCAGAACUCUGGGUAGCCCAGUGCAGCACGUGGGAACAUGGGAGCAGGUGCUUUGUGGGAAGACCGAGGACCAGCUUCUGCCCUCUGAGCCGACACACAAAUACCUCAACAACUUCUGCUCCCGCACGCUGGUCAUGUAGGAAGCGUGGAGGAGCGAGGUCGAGAGACAGCAGACAAUCAUUCUGCAAUAAUGGAAAGAGAAAACACUCCGUGGCCGCUCCUAAGGCGGGGUCGAGUCAUUAUGGUACAAUACGUGAUUUGGGAGAGGCGUACAGCCAUUCAUUUGACUGCACAGCCGUCAAUUAUGUUGUGCUUUUCCGUGUUGGACGUCAGCCAACUAAAGUAAAUGAACCUUUUUUUUUGUUUGUUUGUUUUUCUACAUUUUUUCUUUUUGUCUCUUUUGUUUGUCGGCUUUUAUUUUUUAAUAAUAUUGUAUUAUAUAUUUUGUAUUAUACACGGGGAAAUGAACUGUCUAUGAGGGCUCUAAUUGUAUGGAAUUUUAAUAUAAAUAACAAUUUGUAAUAAUUUAUUAUUUUGUAUUAAGAAUAAUUAACUACGACAGGCGCAUUCGUCAGUGUUGGACCCCAGUAUUCGUGCAUCCUGCUAAUCUCUAGUCUAUGCUGCGCGUUAACAGUAAGGAGCGUUGUUUGCUUCGAGCAUUACCCAUGAUUUACACCCUGUAGCCCAGCAGUGCUGCCUCCGAAAUGACACAGAACCAUGUUCAAAGUGCGCUACACGAGACACACUCCCAAACCAAAGCACUGAUCAGAGUACUCAAGUGCCUCAUAGUUCACAUUGCCAAGUUUAGAAGUCGUGUGUGUCCUUAGAAAGGCACCCAUCAUUUCACUAGUGUUACCAUUUCAAAUUAAAAAAAAAAAAAAAACCCAAAAAUGAAAAGUGCAGGAUUGAAUUAGGAUCCUGUUAGCACUAUGUUAAACUUGAUACCAGUGAAGCUAUAAUGCAAGAUUUCAAUUGAACAAAGACGAAAAAAAAAAUAA